UUGGUUUUCUCCUCCGCGUAAGAGUUUUCCCGCGCUACACUUCAACACACCGAACUGUCAGUCUGUAGCAAGCGUCUUGCUGGCAAUUUAACCUAAUUUUACAACGGUACCAUAGCUGUUACUAUAUUGUCACUAAUGUCGUCCUCAGAUUACGACUCGGCCUGUUUACCGGACUUAUUACCGCUGUAUUACCGACGCCUGUUCCCCUUCUCCCAGUAUUAUCGCUGGCUGAACUAUGGAGGAGUGCAGAAGAACUACUUUCAGAACCGAGAGUUCUCCUUCACACUCAAAGAUGACAUCUAUGUCCGCUACCAGUCUUUCAGCACACAGACCGAGCUGGAGAAGGAAAUGCAGAAGAUGAACCCUUACAAGAUUGACAUUGGAGCCAUAUACAGUCACAGGCCCAAUCAGCACAACACAGUGAAGUCGGGGACCUUCCAGGCCCUGGAGAAGGAGCUGGUGUUUGAUAUUGAUAUGACAGAUUAUGAUGAUGUCAGAAGCUGUUGCAGUGCUGCAGACAUUUGCUGCAAGUGCUGGACCCUGAUGACCAUCGCCAUUCACAUCCUGGAUAGAGCUCUUCGAGAGGACUUUGGUUUCCAACACCUGCUGUGGGUUUAUUCUGGCAGAAGAGGAGUGCAUUGCUGGGUGUGUGAUGAAGCUGCCAGGAAGCUCUCUGUAGCAGCACGCUCUGCAGUUGCAGAAUACCUCAGCCUGGUUAAGGGAGGCGAAGAGACACUGAAGAAAGUUGUGCUCUCAGAUCCAAUUCAUCCUUUUAUCAGAGAGUCUUUGGCGGUGGUGGAGCGAUACUUCCCUCGGUACGCACUACAGGAACAGGACAUACUGGGGCGUAAGGAAUCUGUAGACAAAGUGCUGGCACUCAUGCCUGAAGAUGUAAGAAAAGAAUUACAGCAGGACUUCCAAAACGAGAAGAAACCUGAGAACCGUUGGAAACUGGUGAAGGAACAAGCCAAUAGGAAACAGGGCACUGUCAAAAGGGGCCAGUACUUUGAGAAAGAAAUCAUGCUGCAGUAUUGUUACCCACGGCUCGAUGUGAACGUCAGCAAAGGGGUGAACCAUUUGCUGAAAAGCCCCUUCAGUGUCCAUCCCAAAACCGGGCGUAUUUCUGUUCCCAUGGAUCUCAAAGAACUAGAAACGUUUGAUCCUUUUGCUGUGCCCACAAUCAGUCAGAUCUGUGAGGAGCUGGAUCGACCCAGGACCGAGGAAGAGAAGUCAGAGGAGAAGGAAAACGAGAAGGACGCAGCAGAGAGACGAAAAAUCAGAGAUUACAAAAGAACAAGCCUGGCGAAAUAUGUGAAAUACUUUGAUCAGUUUCUGGAUAAGAUGGCUCGCUCAUGGAAAGGAGAACUUCUCAAAAAAAGUGAUCUUCAGAAAGACUUCUGAACUGGAUCAACAAUCAGGAAGUGCUACAGAAGUGUAACUGUUAAUAGCUCCCUGUUACUUAAUGUGGGUGAUGAUGCAAACUGUCCCCUUAUGAGGGCUUCAUGUUGUGGUAAAGAAUUGACAUUUUUUCUGGUGAACAAAUAAAUAAAAUCAAAAACUGAA